AUUAGCAGCGCCUAAUCAAGCUUGCCAUCCUUUCUGGUGCGCUUCUUAUAUCUUGCUCCCCUCUCGCUUCUCCCACAUUUGGGUUUCGCUCACCGUGGCCGUCCGCUCCGCUCUGCUCCGAGGAGAGUCUACCGCUCCCAGCUGCUUCACUGACCCUCCAGUGAUCGAUCUCCUACUCCAAGGUAGGUAGGCGGCCAACCUCAGCCGGAGGAGCGGAAAUGGCCGGAGGCUUCUGGUUCUUGGCUGGUCGGAGCGGGGAAUUGCGUUGAUUUUGCACCUCUUUGGCCGCAGGGGAGAGGAGGAGGAGCAAUGGGGGAGAGCGAGUACCGGUGCUGGGAGGAGCUUCUGCCGGACGCGCUGGGGCUCGUCUUCCGCAACCUGCCGCUGCAGGAGGUGCUGACGGUGGUGCCGCGGGUGUGCAAGUCCUGGGGGCGCGUCGUGGCCGGGCCCUACUGCUGGCAGGAGAUCGACAUCGAGGAGUGGAGCCAGCAGCGGCACAGCCGCCCGGACCACCUCGUCCGCAUGCUCGACCUGCUCCUCCGCCGCAGCUCCGGCGCCUGCCGCCGCAUCUGCGUCUCCGGCCUCCCCUGCGACCCGCUCUUCUCCUUCAUCGGCGACCACGCGCGCGCUCUGAGGACGCUGGAGAUCCCGCGGAGCGAGAUCAGCGACGCCGUGGUGGAGGCGGUGGCGCCGGGGCUGCCCAACCUCACGUUCCUGGACGUCAGCAGCUGCACCAAGAUCGGCGCGCGCGCGCUCGAGGCGUUCGGCCGCCACUGCCGGUCCCUGGCGGCGCUCCGGCGCGUGAUGCACCCGAUCGACGUGGCCGGGCGCAACGCGUGCGGGCAGCACGACGAGGCCCGCGCCAUCGCGCGCACCAUGCCGGCGCUCCGCCACCUGGAGGUUGGCUACAUGCUGGUCACCACGGAGGCCAUCCUGGAGGUGCUCUCCCGGUGCCGGGGCCUGGAGUUCGUCGACCUGCGCGGCUGCUGGGCCGUCGACGAGGCGCUGCUGCGGGAGCGCCACCCGCGGCUCAGCGUCCUCGGCCCGGGCGUCGACGACUGCUUCGAGAACAGCUACUGGGAGGAGUGCUCCGACGACGACGACGACGACGUCUACUCGUGGGAGCUCAUGGACGACGACGAGUACUACGGCGUGGUCGGCAGCGACGACGACGACGAGGCGGUGUGGGGCGACGGGCCGGGCCUCGUGGAGAACCUCGAGGUGCGGUUCUACGGCGGCGGCUUCAGCGAGAGCUACGCUGGCUUCGACUGGCCAGCGUCGCCGUGACAGUCACACUCCCGGCCGUUCGUGCUCACCUUGACCGCAAAAGAAGUCAAGCAUCUUUCUCGUUCUCGACGUUCCUACGGUCGUUGGCGUUCAGAUAUGCGUUUGUGUGCGUGCCAGUAGUAAUCCGUGUGUGUGUGUGAUGUAAACUUAAUCUGGUGUCAUGUUCAAAAAAACUUAAUCUGAUGUUUACUACGUACAUGAAGCAAAUCAAGAUGGUGUUUACAUGUACCAGCGUCAGUGUCAGUGUCAAUGUCAUUCUACCCUGGUGUACAUUAUUUGGCACGGGGAGCCAGUCUGCGACGUUGGUUGGA